AUGCUGACAAUAACCGAGGAAGAAAUGCGCGAAAAAUGUAAGCACAUGACACUUCCAAUGGCUCGAGUCAAAAAAAUUAUGCGACUGGAUGACACGAUGAAAAAUCUUAUGAUUGCUGGAGAUGCUCACGUUUUUCUUGCUGCCGCAUGCGAAUUGUUUAUUGAAGAGGUGACCGCUCUAACAUGGCAUUUCGUCGAUGAGAGUAGGCGGAGAACAUUGCAAAAGUCGGACGUGAUGAUGGCUUUGGAAAAAAAUGAGCAGUUUGAUUUUCUUGUCGAUUUGAUACCAAAAGAGCCAAAGAAAAUGUUGUCGGAAGGUAUUGACCGGAGUAUGGAUCACAGUGCGAAAACCUACACUAAUAACAUAGUUAUUCCUUCUGAAUCUACGAAUCAAUCAAACACGCAUAUAAUACGAAUUGAAGGCCAGCCAAAUGUGCAAUAUAUCGUGACCGAUCAGCACAAUGGAUUGAAUGGUGACAAAGUCACGACGAUUACACUAGAUGAACAUGGGAAUCCAGUUGGGGAAAUUCCGGAAGGCAUUCGUGUAAUAAUUCAAUCUCAAGAGGAACAACAUUUUGAGAUGUUUUUGACAAGUGAGGAACUGCGAAAAACAAGAAAUACACGAGCAGCUCAUAAGCGAGAGCUUUUGGAUAGCGCCGCUGAAGCUGAUAUUGUUGCCAAUUUUGUUCACAACAGGCCGAAGGAUUUAGAAAAACUGCGAUUCGAGAAGCACAUGCCAGAAUCCCGUCGAGAGCCGCCGUUUUAUACAGUGAAAGGAGAGAUUAGUGAGAAUGUCAUAGAAGUUGGGCACGAAGUGAAUUGUGUUGAUGAGGGAUAUGAUUUUGUGACGGCAAUUGUCGAUAAGGAAACUGGUGAAGUCACAUUUCGACCGACGCGUUUAUACUCGUUCGAAAGCAAAUUCGCCACAAAUGUUGAAGAAUUAUUAGGAGCCAAAAAAGUCGAGAAGAAUGACUUCAACAAGGAUUAUUCGAUUGCUGUCGAAAAUUGGGCUGAGAAGCGCAAAUUGCUCACCGAGAAUUUCGGAUCAGCCAAGAAAAUAAAAAUGCAAGAAGCCGCGCAGAGAAGAACAAUCGAGCAGGGAACUCUCGACGAAAUGCGAAAGACGGCGUUUGCAGACUCGAUCAAUACCGACGAAAAUGUGGAGGAGAAAAUCAAAAUCGAGCACAUUUCGAUGGUUUCUGCGACGGCGUCGUCGAUUUUGCCACCGGCGGUUCAUGGAAAUCUGCCCAGAGAGAUUUAUCCAAUCUCGUUGUUUGUCACCGAUGUUGAGAUUGAUGCUGUAUAUGAGGAGGCCACCGAAUUGAUGUCGAAAAAACGAAAAGCAAAACUCGAAGCGGGUGUUCCCGAAGCUGUUCUUCUCAUUAUGUACAACGAGAAUACUAAAGAACGUGCAGCGGCUUAUCUUCUACUUUCGACAAUGGUCGAAUUUCUUUCGAAAAUUGGAAAAUCGCGAAGCUUGUUGAAAAAGGAUUUGAAUGAGAUGCGAAUGCCGUUAACAUUUAGGCAGAAAAUUCUAUCCGAUUUCGUUUCAAAUAGCAAAUCAGAUCGAGGAUCGACUGGACGGUCUGCUGAAAGAAUGAGAGUUACUGUUGGAGAUUAUGAUCGACUUCUUGCCUAUACAUUAGCACUGGCUUUGACUCUCGCUCCCGAACACAAAGUUCCAAUUUCUCCUUUCCAAAACGCGUUCGGCAUUCCGCCAUCGAAAAUUGAAAAGCUUUUCGAGGCGCUUGGUGCAGAUCUAGUUAAACUUGACGUGGCCAGUGCUCAACAAUUACAUUCACUUCGAGCUGCAAUGCUCUUGAGGCCCCCAAAUAUGUUAGAUGAUUCAGAGCAAUCGUCGGCAACAAAUUCGGAUUUGAUUGAGCUGCUUGAUGAUUAUGGAAUCCAAUUUCCUUCUCAGUUCUUCUGCCGUGAGCCAUCCAAAGAUUCGACGGCAGUUCGAGCAACCAAUCAUGCUCUAUAUUGCAUCAUUGACCAACUUCGAAGGCCGUUGAGUCUCGAAGCGGAAAGCCUUGUAAAAUGGUUGAUCUACAAGCAAUGUGCUGCUCAGCGUCAUCAGAAAUUUUUCGGAUUGCUUCGCACUGUCCAUAGAUACGUGAAGCAAUUCAACGACAUGUCCCUAGUCCGAAAACUCAACACGAUAUACAAACGCGCGACGAAUUGCAGUGACGAAAUGUACAUGUUCGAAGAGAAUGCACAAGGUAUUUAA